AACAAAGUCAUUGCAUAACCAUGAACUGAAUAUAUAUAUAUAUAUAUACGUGUAUCUAUGCUAGGUAUAUAGUCGUUAAGGCAAAGAAACUGAUUUAUCAUAUGAACAGAAUGAAUACUACUACUACUAAUACUACCACUACGAAUCCAUUUAUAUGGAAUCAAUUAAUGCAUUACAUCACAAAUCAUAAACAACAACAAACCAUCAAUAAUGAUCAUAUGGAUACAAAUAUACUUAAUCAUUCUUAUUAUCCAUCUAUGAAUUCAAUAGGAAUUAUAUCAAAAGAUUCAUUAUCAUCAAUUGAUUAUGAUUAUGUAAAUAAUAAAGAACAAAUGAAUACUGCAACUAUGAUGACAAUGAUUAUGAAUUCAGAGUUGAUGAUGUCAAUGUCUAAUACAAAACAAAAUACUGUAAAUAAUAAUAAUCAUAAUAAUAAUAAUAAUCAACUAUUAACUUCACUUGCAUCAUUACCAAUCACAACGAAUACAACAUCUUCAUCAUUGUCACCAACGACUUCUGUUUAUCAUCAUCGUCAGUAUUAUCAUCAAACAUCUCCAUCUUCUUCACCUCUUUCUCCUCUUCCAUCACUUCAUCAUCAACAUCGUUAUCAUCAUAAUCAUAAUCAUUUACAUGUGAAACGUCCAAUGAAUGCAUUUAUGGUAUGGUCACGUGGUCAACGACGUAAAAUGGCUCAAGCUAAUCCAAAAAUGCAUAAUUCUGAAAUAAGUAAACGUUUAGGUAUUGAAUGGAAAUUAUUAACAGAUAAUGAAAAACGUCCAUUUAUUGAUGAAGCUAAACGUUUAAGAAUGAAUCAUAUGAAAGCAUAUCCAGAUUAUAAAUAUAGACCAAGAAGAAAACUAAAACAUUCAAGAAAACAAGAAAAAUUUACACAAUCACAACCAUCACUACUACUACCACCACUACCACCACCACCACCUAUUCAAGAUAUGACUUAUCAACUUUAUGGUACAACUCAUGGAUUAUCACAUUAUUCUUUAUUAAAUGGAUCAUUAAUUAAUCAAUCUCUAUUACCUUCAUUUCCAAUAUGUGAUGAUCAAAAAACAAUUCAUUUAUUGAAUAAUUUAAGUAGUAUAUUCACGGAUCAACAUAUUGAACAUGCUGCUGAUGGAUUGAAUACAUUUAAAAGUAUAGAAAGUAAUUCAUGUAUGACAAUUUCAAAACCUACUAAUGUAAUGGAUACAAAUCAUGGUAACUAUAGUUACAAUUGUGAACAACAACAACAACACCACCACCAUCACCGACAACACCACCACCAACAACAACAACAAUUAAUAUUAAAUAAGACAAAUUCAUUAGAAUUAAACAAACCAACAUUUAUGCUUUCACGUUUAUUAGAUAAAAUAAGUAAUAAUAUAGAGAAUAAUGAUUCAAUUAGAGAAGUGAUGACAACAUCCACAUCAACUAUGAAUAAUACCAUUAAUACAUUGAUUUAAUUCAUUGAAAACAAACAAACAAACAUUAGAUGAAUAAUUCAUUGUUCAAUUAAACAGUGUUAGUUACUAAUGGAUAGAAAUUUUAUGAUGCAGUCUUAUAGACAUCAGUUCUAGUUUCCUGUUGUACGUUUUCUAUUUCAUGUUUUCAAACCUCCUCCCCCUCAUCCUCCUCCUCCUCCUACUACUACUACUACU